AUGCCAGCGUCAGCCUCCAUGCCGACGAGCCUCGUCCAUCACGCAGCGCGGACAUCAUCCGCGCUCGAACCGCAUCGAUCAAACGGCACACAGCAGAAGAGGAAGCGCAGCGAGGCACACACAUUGAGACAACCGGACACCACGACCGUCGAUUCGCUUCCUGGCGUUGACGGGUUCGAUACGGCCGUCACAGACGAGAUGCAGCGCAUCAAGCAAUCCGUCACCCGUCUCGAGACUCUGCUCGGUCAACGACCGUCUGAUGCUGCUCUCCCAGCUGCGUCAUCUUCGCGCACACAUUCGAGCACUUCCACCGCUGAUCAUGCAUAUCGGAUCGACCCAACUCAGGACUUGCCUGGCGAAUCAGAUCCUCCUUCGCGCGAAGAUAGGCGGCGCUGGCAACAGCUACGAGCCGUACUGCCGCCUCUCAUCGACACCCACCGCAUGAUGCACUACCUGCUCGUCGAAGGCGAUUGGCUCAUGCCGUAUCGUGAGGCUCCUCGUUUCGUGGCGCUCUGGAGACACUCUUACGAACGACAAGCCAUCACCGACAUCUUUGCCGUCCGCGUCCUCACUCUCGUGGCUUGCUCGGCCCUCUUGAUCUCCGACAAUCGCAAGCGUGUGAUUCAAUUCGCUGUACCCAUCCGCUCGCUACAUACACAACUCGCAAAGGAGGCUAUGCGCAUCGUCGAGUCCAUGCCUGCACUCCGGUCAGGACGUACCGAAGCAGAGACGUGCGAUCUGAUGGAAGUCAUGCUCAGCAUGAGCUUCUACUUUCGCUGCAUCGCCAAAGAGACGCUUAUGGGCAAAUACACAGAACGUGCCAUUUCGUUGAGCAUCCGCGCUGGCUUCGACAAUGAGCUGCGACCAUGUUGGCUCGGGCUCACGCCUGAUCAAGUCGAGCGCAGAAGGAUCAUAAUGAUGGAGCUCGUCAUGUCGACAAAGUGGCUUGCUUUCCACUGUCGGAAAGAUCUGGCUCCUUUGCGCAUCACGUCGUUCAGCUCUGGCCAGCCUCAUCUCGAGCGCGUAGGUCAGCUCCCUCCUCUCCAAGCAUGGCCUGAAUGGGACCAACUUGCGCGCAACGCCGCGGCACAGUCGCUCUACUCGUUUGCAUGGCGUUCCAAGUCCGACGCAGAGCGCGACACUGUUCGCAACUUUCUCAACGUCUCAAGCUCGCUCACCAACGAGAUUCCGCCGCUCAUUGAGUUUGUGAGCAAGACCGAGGCUCAGGUUCUGCAACCCGAAGCCCUGGCCCGCUGUACAAAGGAGGAUAUGCGCGACAUGGCCAGGCAAACACGCCAGAUCUUGGCGCGCUUGGAGGAGUGGUACACCGUCCUCCUGCCCAAGGCCGGCGUCGGCUACGACCGAGCUGUCAAUGCCAACAUCACCUCGGCUGACUUUGUGGAAGCCAAGACUAUGGCCAGCAUUCUCAUGGUCAACUCGGCCGUCUUCUACAUGACAUCGAUCAUCUGUCGCGCCUGGCUGCUCCUUUCGGAUCGGCUGCAAAGCCUCAGCGAUGCGCGCCGCGACGACGAGAACGAAUACGAGAAGGCGACCGCUGUCGACUCGAACUUUUUGACCCAUUUCAGCCAGAGAGGCAUCGACGACGUGCAGCAGAUGCACGCAUCUUGGCUACCGUCCACAUUCUUGAGCGAGAUGCAAGCGACCGUGGUCGAGAAUGGCAAACGGUGCAUUCGUGGCAUCGCAGUGACCCGAACGUUGCAAUCCUUGUCCUCAUCACAGUUCUACGUCGGAUGGACGACUCAAGCCUACCUACAGGCCGCGGUCAACCUUGCCAUCCCGCUAGUACGGUCACAUCGGCGCCAGGUCCAGCAGCAUAUCGAUGACGUGGAUUCAGGCUUUGCAGACACCUCGACCGAGGAGCUGCGUCGCGAUAUCGUGACCAUCUUUGAAGCCGUCAGCGAGCUUUCGGACAACUUUGUGGCGCAGCGUACUGCCAAGGUGCUCAAUCGAGCUUUACGAUUCAGUGGCCUCGAACGACCCUUUACGCAUAUCGACGACGACGCCGACCAAGUCGAGGACGCAUGGGCAGCAGAAGAGCAGGCAUCGUCCACCUCUGUCGCUGGGCAGAUGCAGAAUGCAGCAGAGGGCUUGGCACUCUUGUCGGCCGCGUCGAGCGCGAGGACGGCCAGUGACGGUUCAGCAUCGAAGCAUAGCGGCGCGAGCGGAGCAAGUGACACGAGCUCGCCGGGUGUCUCGAUGCUUGGCUGGGACGCGACCUCGCGCUCGAUAGCUAACAGCCACAAACACUUGGUGCCGUUUCACGCUAGCUCGUCACCGCAUCCGAGUGCAGCAAUGCCAGCGACAGCACCCGUGGCGGGAGAAGGCCCUUCGAGGGAGCCGAUGUGGUGGGAAUCGCGCCUGCCCGUCGAGAUGACACCGCAUUCUGUGUUCGGCGCGGGCCUUGCAAGCGGUGCGGGAGCCAAUCCUCUGUUGGGGCACCAGCACCACCAGCAACAACAGCUUCACAGGCAGCAUCAGCCAUCGUCGCAGCCACAACCGCAAGCGCAAGCGCAGCAGCCACACCACAUGUCGGAUUCGCAACUGCUCGAGGAAGUGCUCAAUUUCGACCCGUCCUUCUGGCAAUUUGUUAUCGACGGCGCCGGAUCUGGCGGUCCUGGCAACGCAGGCACGGCCAGCAUUCCGACCUAG